AUGUCAGAUAUUCCUAUUAAAACAGAAGAAAAAAAUAAUGAUAAUACAAUAAUUCAAGAAAGCGAAGAAAAUGCUAAUAAAGAUAGUAAAAUUGUAGAAGAGGAAAGUAUAAAACAAGAUGAUAAUGAUAAAAAAUCGGCAACCACCGCCACCAUUACUACUAGUGGUGAUACCGGUACUGCUAAAAAAAAUGCAACAGUUGAAAGUGGGGAGGACUCAGAUUUAGAUGACGAUGAUAUUCCCGAGCUAGCAGAAGAACAAGGAGCCAAGGUCGAAGACCUCAAUUCUCAAGCUCAAGCAAAUGCUGCGCAACAAUUUCAAAAUUCUGCUGAAACUACAACUGCUGCUGCUACAUCUAAAGAAAUUGCUAAAGUCGAAGAAUCAAUCGAAGAAGAUUCAACGGCUAUUGAUGAAACUAAUGUAGAAGCUAAAGAUAUUGAAUUGGUUAUGCAACAGACUAACUGUUCUCGUGCUAGAGCUGUUAAAGCUCUAAAGAAUAACAAAAAUGAUAUUAUUAAUGCUAUUAUGGCAUUACAAUAA